UCAUCAUUCUCGUAGUUUAUUUUUUAACGGCCGCGAAUAUACAAGCGAAGGAGAUCGCUGCCUACAGCCAGUUGCCAUUCAGCCGACACACGGCACGCGUCGCGCGCAAGCCAGAAUUCCCGCGCGAUUUUAAAAAGCGCGUGUUCUAAAUUCAAAGCAAGUUCCUUUCGAUCGUUCCGCGGUACAAUGCCUAAAAAGAAAUAGAAAAGUUUUUAAUCAAAGUCGCGUAUUCAGUAUUUUUUUUUCAAAACAUGUGCUAAAUUGUGAAUUGGUGUUACUGACAUUUGUUUUAAGUGCCGUUUUCGCGUGUAAAAAUCUGUGAUAGUACAUUGCUGUGAAACUUUGUACCCAGUGCAUAACUUUAACCUUUUGGUUGUAUUCCAGUUUCGUGAAAUUAAAUUUCGCGAAGCGUUCGAUAAUAUUUCUUUAUGAUAGGUCCAUAUAUGAAGUGUCAACAUUUCUACCCCAAACAUUAUGAUUUACAAAUGGAUAUUAUGAUAAGAGUGAAGUGUUGCCAAGAAACUAAAAACCCAAAGUGACGAAGUGCCAUUUGGUGUCUGUAGUGCUACGUUCCGCUGCCUCAUCUGUAACUUGUAACCAUGUCGGACAAGACCACAUCGUCGGUCGGUCCGAGAAGCUUCGAGACUAUUUCCGAGGAGGACGGGCAGGACGGUUCGCCCUGGGACAAGCUGUUAGGAGACGAGAAGAGUACUGUUCCUAUUAUCAUUAAGACUGAAGCGUCGAGCACCACUUCUAGAAGCGGCGAAGAAGUUUCUUUACAUCCCCAAGCUAUGGACUUGGAGUCGAACAAGCUGACGCGGUCGAAGAGUCUCGUGCAUCAGAGGAGGAACAGCAGUGGACUUCUGGCGGCGAUCCCGCGGCAGUUGAGGAACUCCUUCUCCUUGAGGGGGGUCCAUAGUGAACCGUCCAGCGUCAAAGACGUGCCUACUACGAGGAAUGACAGCUCCCUUAACCUUCUACUUAGAUACCGUCAAGCCCGUUAUGCAGCGAGACGCGUGAGAAAGCGCGUCAUCUUCAAACACGGCGAUUGCAAUGUCGUGCAAUGGAACGUGGCGAAGCGCAGGCGCCGGUACCUCCAGGACAUCUUCACGACCCUCGUGGACGCGCAGUGGCGCUGGACGCUCAUGGUGUUUGCGCUUUCCUUCAUCCUCUCCUGGCUGCUGUUCGCGCUCAUCUGGUGGCUGAUCAUCUUCACGCACGGGGACCUGAACCCGCCGGCCAACAACACGGCGCCCGUGGUGCCCUGCCUCAACAACGUCAACACCUUCACCGGCUGCUUCCUCUUCUCCGUAGAGACGCAGCACACCAUCGGCUACGGCUCCCGGACCACCAACGAGGAGUGCCCGGAGGCCAUCUUCGUUAUGUGCCUGCAGAGUAUUGUUGGAGUCUUCAUUCAAGCAUUUAUGGUGGGUCUAAUAUUCGCGAAGCUGGCUCGAGCCAAAAAGCGUAACACCACGCUUCUGUUCUCGAGGAACGCGGUGAUUUGUUUGAGAGACGGCGAGUUCUGUCUCCUGUUCCGAGUGGGUGACAUUCGCAAGUCUCACAUUCUCGAAGCACACGUCCGUGCUCAGAUUAUUCGGAAGAAGAUCACCAGAGAAGGCGAGGUGCUGCCCUUCUACCAGCAGGAGCUGAAGGUCGGCGCCGAUGGGGAGGAGGACCGGCUGAUGUUCAUCUGGCCCAUGACCAUAGUCCACAAGAUCAAUGAGAAGUCGCCGCUGUACAACCUGUCUGCUGCUGAUAUGCUGAGGGAGAGGUUCGAGAUCGUGGUCAUGUUAGAGGGUGUGAUCGAGUCAACGGGGAUGACGACGCAGGCUCGCAGCAGUUUCCUCCCGUCGGAGAUCCUGUGGGGACACCGCUUCGAGACCAUGGUGUCCUUCAGAAAGGACACUGGGGAGUAUGAGGUGGACUACACCAGCUUCAACAAUACCUACGACGUGGAUACUCCGCUGUGCUCGGCCAAGCAACUGGACGAACUGAGGGCGACGGUCUCUACUUCCCAGAAACUAGGUAAGGAUGCCAGACGGAGGUCGUUCGAGCGGACUAAAGACUGGAACAACAACUGCUGGGGGAGCUUCAAGUAUAAGACCAACAGGUCCUUUGGAGAUCGUCUACUCGGCACCAUACCAAAGACCUUCUCCAACGACACUCUAGACCUCAGCUCCGUGGACUCUAUGUCUCUAGACGAGCACAUAGAGAUCAAGAUCCCCGACGCGAGGGCCAAGGAGAACCGGCUGCUCGCGCAGAACAACUUCGUUCAGACCAUCAACGAGAAAUCCAGGAACACGAGCCACAAUCAUCUAGCCGUCGAGAACGGCCAAGAAUUAGUCAAGAAUCAAAGUCAUCAUGAGCAUGAAAACAAAAAUGCAGAAGCAAAAGAAGGUCAUAUGCAUAGAAGCCAUAGUCACGCUAGUAUGAAGAAAGUCCACGGUCUCACACCCAACGGCGUCGGGCACACGCACACACACGAAAACAAAGUUGACGAUAGCAACAGAAUAAAGAACCUAUGUCCGCAGAUCGCCAAGCGCGAACCAGCUGGCGGCGCCCCCCACCAUCCCCAUCCUUGUGACGGAGGCCGACGUCGCCUGACCACCUCCAAACCCGCAACUCGGGUUCCUGGCGCCCCCGGGAACCCCGCGACUCCCGCUGAGACCGCGCAACAGAGAACACCCUCGCAGGGCUAAGAACAGAGUCCGCUUCAGCAGCGAGAGCUUCGAAAAUGUGUGGGUAGAUGGCGCUAUGAGUACUUAAUUUAUCGUAGUGCGUAAUACUAAAGAAUAUUCCAUCUUU